AUGGCAUCACACCAAAAAGCAACGCAAAGUUACGACCGUCACGAGAUCAUCUAUCAGCACAAUCCAUGCAACCACCCGAGCGCGCAGCCACGCCGGCGUCGCCUACUGCAAUCUUGAGAUCGCUCAACGGCCGAAUCUGCGAGUAGUGACUGAAGCAUUUGUCGAGAAGAUCCUUCUCGAGUAGGCCGACAAAGGGGAGGUGAAUGCGACCGGGGUGCUAUUUGCAAGGAAGGACGGGAGCGGCGGACAGAUUCAUGCUGAGGCUGAGCUGGUCCUCGCCGCUGGCGCCGUCAAUACACCACAGCUUCUCGAGCGUUCCGGCGUUGGAGAUACCCACGCUACUCGAAAGUCAUGGCAUCAAGCCAAUCAUUCAUAAAGCGAAUGUUGGUGAGGACCUUCAAAAACACUGGUUUGUUCCGUUCAGUGGGGAGGUCGCCGAUGGACAGAUUACCGCCGAAGCACUGUGCAGCCCAGAGUUUGCCCAGGUUGCCCGGAGGCAUGGCAAGCAUGAGGCGCGGGAUCACUGAGCUUGUGUCCCGUUUCGUCUGCGUUCUUGACGCUUCCGGAGCUUCAAGACGGAGAGCUGCAGUUCCUGUUGGACAAGCAUCUCGACGAGCCGGCGGUAUCACCCGACCGAGCAGC